CUGCUCUUUCGUCCAUAGUGUUUCCAAAAUGUCCGACAAAAUCCAAGUCAACUACACCGUCGACCCCUCCAAGAACCCAGCUACAUGGCCCAGUCCAGACAAACAGCCCAGCUUCGUCGACAUACCCAAAGUCGACGUCAUUUUCGUCAACAUCAACGCGGACUCUGACUUCCGACUCCUUCGUACCGGCACCAAUGAGAACAUCCACCAUGCUGUUAUACAAGUGACCAAGCAUAUUUCUCGAGGUCUUUAUAAACUUGUUAGUAUGAAUGUCAGCGAAUAUUCGUGUACGGUUGUCAUGUCGGCGAAUAUGUCGAGGGAUGAACUUAUGUGGAAGAAUGGGUUUCCGUGGGAUCGUGAGAAUGAUCCUCAGGAGGAGGUUGUACUGAAGUAGUGAGGGGGCGAUGGAAUUAGCUUGUGGGGAUUUGUGAUCGUACUACUCUUAUGGCCAGAUUGGAUGGGUGGUUCUUAAAGAGGAAGCUGGGAGGGAUCUUUUGUUGGUUGCGUGACGUUUAUUUGAUCAGGGGUCGUUUUCACAACCAAC